UCUGUUUUACAGGAUGUGAUCAGUCAAGUUCUUCCUGAUGCCACGACAACAGCUUUUGAAUAUGAAGAUGAGGAUGGUGAUCGGAUUACUGUUCGAAGCGAUGAAGAAAUGAAAGCCAUGCUGUCCUAUUAUUACGCCACGGUGUUGGAGCAGCAAGUGAACGGCCAGUUAGUCGUGCCUCUGCAGAUCUACCCAAGAGCCUGCAAGCCUCCUGGGAAACGGAACAUACACGGCCUGAAGGUAAAUACACGAGCUGGGUCAGCUAACAACAGUGCUGCCGCCGUCCCGGAUUCCCUUCCAAGCAAUAGUUUGAAGAAGUCUUCUGCGGAACUGAAGAAAAUAUUAGCUAACGGCCAGAUAAAUGAACGAGACAUACGGUAUCGAGACAUCCUCGGUCACGGCAACGGCGGAACAGUCUACAAGUUGAAUUUGCAGGCGCUGCGGUUGCUGCAUGGGGCUGGCUGUCGCUCAGAGGUGGACGAUGUGUCUUGCCGGCUGGAGCCCGCCUUUCACUCUUUCUGUACCGUCACCCGGAGCUUGUUUCUGAAAUCUGUGAUCCCUUUAGACAUUACACUGGAACUGCAGAAACAGAUCAUGUCAGAACUAGAAAUUCUUUACAAGUGUGAUUCAUCCUACAUUAUAGGCUUUUAUGGUGCCUUUUUUGUUGAAAACCGGAUUUCCAUUUGUACUGAAUUCAUGGAUGGAGGCUCGUUGGAUGUGUACCGAAAAAUUCCAGAACACGUGCUUGGAAGAAUAGCCGUGGCUGUAAGUAUUUUUCGAACCAUAGUUUGUGAAUGUUAUGCACUCGCGUCCUGAACAUUUUGUACAGGCUGCAAAGCGAGGA